AACACUGUCCUAUCUCCUAAAUCCAAUUCUGGUAUUGAAAUGGUUUUUCAAAUCCACAAAGAUUAGAAAUUCUAACAGAUAUAAAUCUCUCAACUCAUUCGUAAUUUAUAACUACCAAGAACAUGAAUCACCCACUCUGCGCUAAUGGCUGUGGCUUCUAUGGAUCAGCAGAGUAUUUCAAUUUGCGCUUUAACUGCUACAAUGAAUACCAAAAGCAAGAGCAUGAAAUCAACGCACUGGCUUCCUCCAUAGCCCACCUUUCUUUGGCCAAUGAAAAUAUUGUUGCUGCUGCUUCAUCUGAUCGAGAAUUCCAAAAUCAAGACUAUGCAAUCAGAGCACUGGCUUCCUCCAUGGCUCAGCUUUCUUUGGCCAAUGGUUCAAGGUGCACAUGCUGCGACAAUCGCCAAGGAUUAAUGGGUUUCAGUUGCCGUUGUGGGAAUAUGUUUUGUGUCUACCAUCGAUUGCCUGAAGAUCACUCCUGUACUUUUGAUUUUAAGACGUUUGGUCUUCAGCUUUUAAUCAAGCAAAAUCCACUUUUCAAGCUUGAUAGGAUCUAG